AUGCCCCCCAAGAUACACCCCAGUUUGUCUACUGGAUACUUUGUCUCCUUGGAUACUAUGCCCCCAAAGAACCUUUGCCACCAAAAAGUUUGUCAUCUCGGAAUGAAGGCCCGAAAUUUCGUGAAAAACUAAGUGUCGCUUGUGCGUAAAUACUU